AUGUCCGACAAACUCAAGGCGACCAUUUCAGCGCUGCCUGAUGAUGUUUUGGCGAGAACAAAGGGUGCCAUUGGAGACAAGGAGGGUAAAGUUGAUCACAGGACCAACAUUGAGAUCAUCAAACUUGAGGAGAAGAGAAUUGAGGAAGAAAGACAGGAGCAGAAGGCUCAGGAAGCUCCGGAACCUGUUGUUGAGAAUGAGAAGGUUCCUGAGAUAACUGCGACUGAUGUCAAAGUUCUGGAGCAGGCUCUGGACUCGAUUGGUCAGGAGAAGAAAAUGGCUGUUGAGAAGGAAGAGUUGAAGGAACUCAAGGAAGAAAUGGCUGAGUAUGUUGAGGACAUUCAGGAGUUGGAUGAAAUCAAGGCUGAGGCCAAGAAAGUUGGUGGUAGUGAAAUUGAGGAUCUCAAGGUUUCCAAGGGAGCUAGUAGGUUGUAUAAGAAGGUCAAUAAGAUGAUUAGUAAGAUGGAUAAGGUGCUUGAGGAGUUGGAGGUUGAGGAGAAACAGGUUAAGGAGAAGAUUGAGGGGUUGAAACAUGAGGAGAAGAAGGUUGAAGGAGAUGUUGUCGAGGAGUUGGUUAGGAUUGAUGAACUUAUUGCUGCAAUUAAGAAGAUUCAGAGUGUUCCGGAUGAUGAGAAGUUGAAUAGGAUGCAGGAAAUUUUGGGAGAAAUUGAUGUUGAUAGAGAUGGUGCUAUUAAAAUCGAAGAUGUUCUUAAAGUAAUCGAGUUAAUAGGCAAAGAUGACAUAAAACUGAACAAAAAGCAAAUGAAUGAAUUAAUAAAACUAAUGGAAAAAGAAGAAGUCCUGGAAGUUGAAGAUCAAAUCCAAAAAGCUUUGCUGAAAGAAAGCAAAGAAUCAAAACAGAGUACCACCACCACUACCAGUAAAUCAACUGUACCAGCAACACCAGCAACUAAAGCAGAGAAAAUCUCUGAAGAAGGUUUCAUUAACGAGAUACCAGAAAUUUCAGUCAAGGCUACCGACGUAGCCAAUGAUGUUCAUCCAUCAAAAUCUGUUAAAAAUAGUAAGAAUAAAGUAAGCACUAAAGAGAAGAAAAGCGAUCCAGAAGAACUGAAGGAUCCAGCCCCGAUCAUCACAGAUUCAAUUGACAAAACGAUUUCAUCAACACCUCCGGUCACAUCGACAGUACCUCCGCCAAAAACAAAAAAACUGAAAGGUUCUAAACAACUAUGA